CUCCACCAGAUUUCAGGAGAAACAGAAAAAAGAUUUCAGCUUGGAAAGGAAAAAAAAAGACUUUGCAAAGUAGCAAUCGAAGACCUAGGCUACAAAACUACAGUUCCCACAAUGCUUUGUGUUUCCUCUGACCUGACUGCAAGAUGGCCGUGUUCAGCAAGAUUGGAACAGUGCUAAAAACCACGUGGGGAAAUGAACCUGUUAUCGUCGCCUCACUUGUCAUUGGUGUUGUGGCCAUUGUAUUACCCUGGGUCAGUCCCUUGACAAAAUACAGUGGAAUGAUCAAUCGAGCGACACCAUACGUGUAUCCAGUGCCGGUUCGGGAUGAUGGCAAUAUGCCAGAUAUUCCCUCCCACCCUUGCGACAAGGAAGGCCCAAGCCUUGAGUGGCUGAAGAACUUUUGAGGUGUGUCCUUGUGAAGAAGUCCAGAGAGCUACCCCUCAAAUGGACAAGACGGCCCACCUGGCGCUACCUGAUGUACAUGUGUAAUGUUUCCAGAAUGUAAUAAAUUUGCUGUUAACUUA